CAGUGACACGCCACUGUUCUAUACCUGCAGCAGCAGAGUCUACCACUGCUGUAUAUGUCCGGGCCCGCUCCCUAUCACGCUAGCCCGCGACGGUUUCGACAUUACUGUGUUCUUAUUGCAUCGGCAGAUCUUUGCGCGCGGGCGUUGACGAGGGACAUCAUCGGCGGACGGCAAACUCCCUACCCAUCCCGCCAGCAUCAACUUUUGUGCGCCCGGGCCAUCAACCUCCCUCUCCUCCCUCUUCCCUCUCCCUCCACCGCAACCAGCUCCUGUCUACCGUCUCCGCAUCCCCGUCUCUCGUUCACGCGCCCUCGCUGCGAGUACCGCAUCGGCUGCUACCCGCGUCCUGUGUCUGGUAAGUCACUGCACCUGCACACCCCUGCCCGGGCUCCCGAGGCGCCGGGAGAAAUUGCGGCCGCGAGCCUCCAGCCCGCCAGACUCGACGCCGGGAAAGCUCUCAGGAGACGCAAUUGCCCUCUGUCAGCUCCUCCGUGCCUGUGAAAGGUCGCGAGACCGUGAUCGCCUCCAUACACCGCCGCAUCGCCCAGCCCUCAUGUUGCCCCCACAACACCAACGUCACGUCCUACAGAUCCGCACCCUGCGCUCGCCGCCUCCGACAACGCUGAAGACUCCAUUCACAAUUGCAAGGCGCUAACUCCCGCCUUUGAAACAGAUCGACAGACGAGUCACUCAUUGAAACACCUCUCCCGUCAGAGCACUGCAAGCUCUCGACCGAGCACACCUCGCAUCCUCGUUCGUUCACACCUCACCGAGAGCCACCGC